AUGAAUUUAUCGCGAUUGUAUAACGUGUUCAACGCAGAAAAAGCAAAAGUAUCGUUGGUCGGUGCGAUAGUGGUGAAUACGAAUUACGUAGGAUUUUACGCAUUCAAGGCCAAUUGUAGCGAUGUGGUAAAGUCCCAUCAUGUUAUUAUCAAGGACGCAGAGUCGUCGGGGGAAGGAUGGUCUGAACAGGACCCGAUAGUGAUCCUGAGCGCCGUACAGGAAUGCAUCUCAAACACAACGUGCCCGGGUGGAAUGGUGACGGGUGUGCGCGUAGUCGCUGUGGGUAUAGCUAACCAACGAGGUUCCGUGGUGGCGUGGAACAGACGUACCGGCGAACCGCUUUGCAAUGCGAUACUGUGGUCGGAUAACCGGACGGCCGCAAUGGUGGACGAGUACUUGAAGACUAACGACAAGUACCGGUUUCAGAAAGUGUGCGGCCUGCCGUUCAGCCCUUACUUCAGCGCGUUCAAAAUCAAGUGGUUACUGAGCAACAACGUAAAGGUGAUGUCGGCCUAUCGGAUCGGCGACUGUUACUUUGGUACGAUAGAUACUUGGCUGUUGUGGAACAUGACUGGUGGCAAGGACGGUGGGGUGUUUGCCACUGAUUCUUCAAACGCAUCGCACACAUUUUUAAUGAACAUUAAUACAUUGGAUUGGGAUAAACCAUUAUUAAAAUUUUUCGGUAUUUCUGCAAAAUGUCUUCCGAAAAUAAAAACCAGUUCCGAAGUGUAUGGAAAUAUUUCUGGAGGAUACCUCAAUAAUACGCCAAUAUCUUGUAUUAUUGGAAACUGCCAAGCCGCUUUAAUCGGUCAAAAAUGCUUUCGACGUGGUCUUACGAAAGGAAUACUCGAUAAAAAUGGUUCGAUUUUCACGAUCACUGGCGAAGAUAAAGUGUUCUCCAGAAAUGGAUUACUCACAACUAUUGCGUAUCGAUUGGAUUCGAGACCGAUAUUUGCAUUAGAAGGUCCAAUUGCAUCAGUAGGGUAUACCAUAGAAUGGGUAAAAGAAUGUUUGAAUGUCAAAGAAACAGAAUGCUUGGCUUUUAAGAAAAAAGACAAAUUAAAAAAUGAAGUAUACUUGGUACCUGCAUUUAAUGGUUUGUAUGCUCCGCAUUGGAGGCAUGAAGCUCGGAGUAUUCUAGUUGGAGCUAAUGAAUAUACUAUUAAUGAGGAUAUAUUAAAAGCAGCUAUUGAAUCUGUGUGUUUUCAAACUCAAGAUAUUGUUGAAGCUUUAAAUGACGACUUAAAUAUGUCUAUAAACAAAAUAAAAAUUGAUGGUGACUUGUCAGAUGAUGUAUUGAUCAUGCAAUACCUAUCUGACAUAACGAACACUGAAAUUGAAAUAGCCAAGUUCAAAAAUAUGGCUGCAUUGGGUGCAGCUAUGGCAGCUGGUUAUGCACCUGAAAUUAACGUCUGGAACGCUUUGUGUAUGCCAGAAGACAUUGGUUUAAUUUAUCAUCCAAAAAUAACGGUCGAAGAACGGAAAAAUCGGAUAUUUGAUUGGAAAAGAGCUCUGCGGAGAAGUUAUGACUGGAUUGAUUAUAAUAACACAUUGAAUCAUUUUUGGACGAUAGUGUCUAUUACAAGUGGAGUAAUUUUCUUGGGAGGUUAUUUGUUAUUUAAAAAAUAA